AUACUCACACUGAAAUGUAAAUCACGUGCAAAGCGGAGAAGAUAAAACAGAAGGGACCACCUCUCACUUUUUGUACAGGACUCACUAACUGCGCAUCCGGCAGAUCUGGAUCCAGUUGGAAGCCUGAACAAAAAAACAGAUCUUCGGAGGAACCCGUGCCGUUUCUGUAUCCUCUAAGGUUUAAAAGGAUCUCAGCAAGCAGUGUUUGUACUUUUUGAAUACCUGAGGAAUCAUUUACAUUUUGAGGACUCCGAUCUGAUUGUUCACGUGUCGUGCUUCUGAAUUAACUGUGUGCAGACAAAAGAGACGUAUUGAAACGUUGUGCCAAAUUCUGCAGAUAUUAAACUUCAAUAUCAAGUUAUAAGAAUUAUAAGGAGCGGACUACCCAAGCGUGCGUCUUAAAAUUAUUGCAGGAGAAUUAUAGACCUUGACCGAUUACACGCGGUAUCUUUGAGGGAAAGCUAAAGAAGUGCAAAUAAGUCAAAGAUUCCGCAACCGCCGAUUCAUCAUGGGUUCUUCUCUAGUUGUUCUUGGUGCCAUCCUCCUCGUGUGUUUCCCCGUGGCGGGUGCAGCGGCAUCCGAGAGUUACUCCUAUCAGAACACUGGGGAGAUUCUAAAUGUGACUCUAUCGAAAGAUACGGUCUCAAAGGAAAAUUCUACCGAAUCCCCGAAAUCCGGAUACCAUGGCGACCCACACGCAACUGCAAAAAUUUGGGGCUUCUCCUGCCUGGCCGUGUUUAUCAACAGUGCGAUUGGACUUGCCUGCAUCGCCAUGGUACCCCUGCUCAACAAGACGAUCUACAAGUACAUGAUGCAAUGCCUCAUAGCCACAGCUGUCGGCACUCUGAGUGGGGACGCCAUGUUGCAUUUGCUACCCGACGCAUAUGGCAUAAUAGCUGGGUCGGCGCAGGGCAUGGACACAGUAGGCACGUGUCAACUUCCCCAUGACUACAGACUUAAUCCCACUUUCAAAGGUGCCUUGGCUUUGGUCAGCAUAUUUUUCUUCUACAUGUUGGAGAGAGUUAUGACAAUAUUCUCUGAGAGGAAUGCCGCCAGAAAGAAAAAUAAGAAGCUGAAAUUAGACGCACAAAAAGAAAAUGAAAAGGCAGAUCUGUCUGACGAGGAGAUGGAGGAGGAGGGAACAAAUAUCGGACCCUCCGAACACGUGAUUCGGAUGGUCAACAGUGGCGGUGGAGAUAUUGUCGACCUGCUAGACAAACUCCAACACGGGGAAGAAGCCGAGAAAAGUGGAGGUGUGGACGACGAGGAGCGUCGUCGUCUUAAGUCUUCAUCUUCAACUGACAGUGAAAAAGGCAGUCGUAAAAAUGGGAACAUUAGUCAAGCUAAUGGUAAACACCCUUCAGUCGAGGUCAUAGUUCAAGGUCAUGGUCACGGACAUAGUCACGGAGCCGGGGCUGAGGGAGGAAUGAUCGGAUCUAUGGCAUGGAUCGUUAUAAUGGGAGAUAUGAUACACAAUUUCUGUGACGGAAUAGCAAUUGGUGCUGCUUUUUCACAGAGUGUGACAGGGGGACUGAGCACAUCUAUCGCAAUUGUGUGGCACGAGCUUCCCCAUGAACUUGGUGACUUUGCCAUGUGCCUUCGUGCCGGGAUGUCUGUGCGCCAGGCCAUGUUUUACAAUCUGAUCGCCUCUGUGCUGGCCUUUAUAGGCAUGGUGAUCGGCGUGUUUGCGGGGCAGGCCCCCUCCGCUACCAUGUGGAUCUUUGCAUUGGCUGGAGGAAACUUUUUGUAUAUAGCCUUGGUGGAUAUGCUCCCCGAGCUCACCCACUUUAAGGCGGCUACACUGAAGAGAGAGCUUUUAGUUCUGCUCCUGCAAGCUGUCGGCAUGUUCAGUGGUGUUAUACUGCUCACAGGAAUUGCUGUCUACGAGACUGAUGCCACUUUUUAA